UUAAAGCUGAUGCUGAAGUCGAAAAAAUUGGAGUUGAAAAGAAGAACUUACCUGAAGUUGGAAAGGACUGGAGUAAAGCUUCAGAUAGUAGAGCUGAGAUCUAUUUUGAUGAUAAGGUUGAUAAAGUUGAGAUAGCCAAAAAAGAUAUAAAUUGUAGAAAUAGAACAAUGAUGAUGAAUUGUAAUAAAAAGGAUAAGGAUUUAAAAGAAGACACUGGUACUACUGAAAAUGAUAAAAAAACAAU